AUGUCUCAAGUGGGAAAGUGUCUUCUAUCCGUUCUGGGGAUCUGCAUCUUUGUCUCUUGCGCGAGUGCAUCAAGCGUGCAGGAGUACUACGUUCUUCCGAUGGCUUCCCUCGAGGAGUCGAAGGACGCGUGCAGAAGCGCCUCUUUUGUGCCGCCAGUCCAGAAGAAGUGGCUGGGGAUGGUGCAGAAAGGGGGCUGCUCAACGCUCAGCAAGUACAACACCCUCCGGGAAAUGGGGGCUUCGGGAAUGCUUAUUUUGGACGGGGGCGAGACGGAGUAUACGUCCACAAGCAGAUUUCACGUGGUCUCAAUAGAGGCAAGCAUGUAUAAACGGCUGGUGGAGGCGUACGAGAAGAACAAGGAGCUUCCAAAAGUGAAAAUAUCGCACCCCUAUACAAGCACGCUUCCUGCAGUGCAGAUUCUCUACAUCGUGUUUCUGGUUCUGAUGAUAUUCGUGUUCCCGAGCCUUUUUGAGCGCCUGGACGAGCCGGCUGUGAAGCUGGUCACUCCGAAGGACUUAUCCACCGUCUCCCUGGAGAAGUACGAGAGACUCCCAGAGAAAGACAGAAAGUACGAGGAGUGCCCGAUUUGCUUCGACAGGUUCCAGCCGGAAGACUUCGUCCGGACUCUGCAGUGCAGGCACUACUACCACUGCAAUUGCAUCGAUCCGUGGCUUCUUAGCAGGAGUUGUCGCUGCCCAGUGUGCAACCAAGAACUAUCUUUCCCAUGA